AUGUCGAUGAUAUUCCGCAGUGUCGUUCAUGGGGCGUUAAGUGCAAUUGAUAGGGCUUUGGAAGGUCAGGUUGAGAGGAUCAGCUUGCUUGAGAGUCAGAGUCGGAAGCACUGGAAGAGGAUACUUGUAGCGACCUCGCUAACACAAAGCAUAAAUGAUGUGAGGACAUGUAUCAGUGAAGCUCUUUCUCGUUUUGCGACAGUGGCAACGACUUUGAAUACGAUCCAAGUGUCGGUGGACCGUUCGUCUUUUUCUCCCGAUGCCAGGGCUUUUGGCUCAUUCCCAUUUUCAGACGAGCUGUCGAAACUCCGCAAAGUCGAUGCUGAGUAUCACCACGUGAAGAGCAAGUCCGAAUGCCUCGAAACCACGCGGGAUGAGAUUCGCAGCUCAAUCCUCAAACACCUGAGGGAACCCAAGAACCGAUUUGUGUGGCUGCGUAGUUCACCCGGAACCGGGAAGACUGCGAUAUCCAUGGGUGUAGCCUCGACUCUUGGUAGCCAGGAGCGAUUUCCCUCCACCCUUGCUCUGCAGAUUGCGGCGUUCAAUGCCGAGUACAAGAGCUUCGGCAGCCAGCUUCAUUGA